GACUAAGAGGCCCUUCUUAGAAUCACUUUAUAAAAAUGGGAACUGAAGAGGUUAAAUGGGAUGAACCAAUAGUGGAAAUAAAUGGAUGGAAUAAAAAGAUCCAAAGGCUGCAUAUACAACAUGCAUAAGCAGCAGUAAAGCAGCUCCACAAUUUCACUUUGCAAGUCAGGAAAACCUUUGAUAUUGUGCUACGCUCAUCGUCGAUAAGAAUUAAAUUCACUACCUCCAGUAUGAUGAGCACUCCAGGAAGAAAUGAAACCAAGAAUGAAAAGAAUGGCCAAGAAGUUAAGCAGUCAUUGUCAGGUGUUCGGAAACCCAGGUUUAAAUGGACAGUACAGGUUCACGGGCGCUUUGUUGAUGCAGUGAAUCAACUUGGAGGAAUAUACAAAGCAACUCCAAAAAAUAUAAUGAGGCUGAUGGACAUUGAGCAAAUCACAACAGACCAUAUAAAGAGCCACCUUCAGAAGUACAGACUCAAUGGUUCUAAGCAAGCAAAUACGAACACAAGAAAGAGUAAGAAGUGUUUCCACGAAUUUUCUGGUGAACUUUUCAAAUUGCUAAACAGUAAGCAUGAAGAGCACAGCACCUAUAAAGCCCUUUAUAAUAUAAUACUAAAUUUUAGAACUAUGGAAACAGCAAUAAGAGCAACAGUAUUUCAACGACAUCAAGAACACAAGUACAGCAUAACACCUGGAUUGCAUACAAUGGGAAGUAUACAGGUGAGUGAUGUACCAGAGAUAUCAACUGAAAGACAGAGAACUUCACAGACAAAGCUUGAGCAGUUUGAGAGGGCGCAACAGCAAGUGCAAUAUAUUGAGAGAGAAUACCACGGCACACUGAAGCAAACCAGCAACAAUGAAAAGAGACAAUAUCCACAGGUGGAAGAAAUGGAAUUAACCACAGAGCAGCUUGAUGAGCAAAGAAAAAUGGCACAGAAAGACCAUAUAAGCAUAUUGAAUUCUGAUCCAUUGAGUUCUCCAAUGGAAAGCACAAAUUAUAUCGAGCCUGAUUAUGUUGGCACAACAUAUUCAACACUGGAGAUAGAGAGGAAGAAUUUUCUUAAGCCGUCAUACAAAAGAUGUUUAGAAGCACAUAAAGAGAAAGGGAAGUUUCCAUACACUUCAGCAAGGACAGAUGACAGGGAAUUAAUAAUACCAGAAAAGAAAAGGUUUGAUGCUGCACCUUUAAAAAUCAGCCUUCAAAUGGAAAAAGGAAGCACUAGCAGCGGCUUUUCUGCAGAUGAAACACACGAAAGAGGAAAGUGCUAUCAAGUUUAUGCCUCACCAACUUCUGCAGCUCAAAUAGAAGCUCAGAAUAUGGUAGCGGUAGAUAAUAAAAUUAACAUGAGUAACUUUCCUAGCUAUAAAGACUUAAAGGCAAUGAAUGCUUCAAAUGAGAAAUCAUUUGAUCUGAAUAUGCCAGCCAAAGAGCAGGAAGAGUAAUGUAACCUGCUAUCAAAAUCAAUGGCCAAAACAUAUAUGCAUAGUAGUUGAUGUAAGUAAUGUGUCAAAACCUUUUUUUUUUUGGUGAAGAAAGAGAGGCUACGCCUCAAAGUUAUCUAA